AUGGCUCAAAUACUGCCUAUCCGGUUCCAGGAGCAUUUGCAGCUCCAGAAUCUGGGAAUCAACCCAGCCAACAUUGGUUUCAGCACUCUGACAAUGGAGUCUGACAAGUUCAUCUGUAUAAGGGAAAAGGUGGGUGAGCAGGCCCAGGUGGUCAUCAUUGAUAUGGCAGACCCCAACAAUCCCAUUCGGAGGCCCAUCUCAGCGGACAGUGCCAUCAUGAACCCAGCGAGCAAAGUUAUUGCUCUUAAAGCUGCAAAGACCCUUCAGAUCUUUAAUAUUGAGAUGAAGAGCAAGAUGAAGGCCCACACAAUGACAGAUGACGUGACUUUCUGGAAGUGGAUCUCCCUCAACACGGUGGCACUGGUCACAGAUAAUGCCGUAUAUCACUGGAGCAUGGAGGGCGACUCACAACCAAUCAAAGUCUUCGACCGCCACUCCAGCCUCGCAGGUUGCCAGAUUAUCAACUACCGCACUGACGCCAAACAGAAGUGGCUGCUACUUAUAGGCAUUUCAGCACAGCAAAAUCGGGUGGUUGGAGCCAUGCAGCUGUAUUCAGUUGAUAGAAAGGUGUCUCAGCCCAUUGAGGGACACGCGGCUGGGUUCGCACAGUUCAAGAUGGAAGGAAACACUGAGGAGUCCACUCUGUUUUGUUUUGCAGUGCGAGGACAGGCAGGAGGAAAACUGCAUAUCAUUGAAGUGGGCACUCCUCCCACAGGAAACCAGCCAUUCCCAAAGAAAGCUGUUGAUGUUUUCUUUCCUCCAGAAGCACAAAAUGACUUUCCAGUCGCCAUGCAGAUAAGUUCUAAGCAAGAUGUUGUUUUCCUCAUCACCAAAUAUGGCUACAUCCACCUCUAUGACCUUGAGACUGGGACCUGCAUAUACAUGAACAGGAUCAGUGGGGAAACCAUUUUUGUCACAGCGCCACAUGAGCCCACUGCUGGCAUCAUCGGAGUCAACAGAAAAGGACAGGUGUUGUCUGUGUGCGUAGAAGAGGAAAACAUCAUUCCCUACAUCACCAAUGUGCUCCAAAAUCCGGAUCUCGCUCUCCGCAUGGCCGUCCGCAACAACCUGGCUGGGGCUGAGGAGCUCUUUGCCCGCAAGUUUAACACACUUUUUGCUGCAGGCAAUUACUCAGAGGCAGCUAAAGUGGCAGCCAAUGCGCCUAAGGGUAUUCUGCGGACUCCAGACACAAUCCGCCGCUUCCAGAGUGUCCCCGCUCAGCCCGGGCAGACCUCCCCUCUGCUUCAGUACUUUGGCAUCUUGCUGGACCAAGGCCAACUGAACAAGUUUGAGUCUCUGGAGCUCUGCAGGCCUGUCCUCCAGCAGGGGCGCAAGCAGCUCCUGGAGAAGUGGUUAAAAGAGGACAAGCUGGAGUGUUCUGAGGAACUUGGAGACCUGGUUAAGUCUGUUGAUCCCACCCUUGCCCUCAGCGUCUACCUCAGAGCCAACGUCCCAAACAAAGUUAUUCAGUGUUUUGCAGAAACUGGACAGUUUCAGAAGAUUGUCCUUUACGCCAAGAAGGUGGUCUACUCGCCAGAUUGGAUUUUCCUUCUAAGAAAUGUAAUGCGAAUUAGUCCGGAACAAGGCCUCCAGUUCUCCCAGAUGCUUGUUCAAGAUGAGGAGCCACUUGCUGACAUCACACAGAUUGUGGACGUGUUCAUGGAGUACAAUCUGAUCCAGCAAUGCACAUCGUUCUUGCUUGAUGCCCUGAAGAACAACAGGCCCAUGGAGGGCCCCCUGCAGACACGACUGCUGGAAAUGAAUUUGGUCCACGCACCACAGGUCGCAGACGCCAUCCUGGGUAACCAGAUGUUCACACACUAUGACCGCGCACACGUGGCCCAGCUGUGUGAAAAGGCCGGCCUUCUUCAGAGGGCACUGGAGCACUACACCGACCUGUACGACAUCAAGCGGGCUGUCGUGCACACUCACCUCCUCAACCCAGAGUGGUUGGUGAACUUCUUUGGCUCCCUCUCAGUGGAGGACUCUCUGGAGUGUCUCCGCGCUAUGCUCUCUGCCAACAUUCGUCAAAACCUUCAGAUUUGCGUCCAAGUGGCCUCCAAAUACCACGAACAGCUCACGACCCAGUCCCUCACGGAGCUGUUUGAAUCAUUCAAGAGCUUUGAGGGUCUUUUCUACUUUUUGGGGUCCAUUGUGAACUUCAGUCAGGAUCCAGAAGUCCAUUUCAAGUACAUUCAGGCCGCCUGCAAAACUGGACAAAUCAAAGAGGUCGAGAGGAUCUGCAGAGAGAGCAACUGCUAUGACCCAGAAAGAGUGAAGAACUUUCUCAAAGAAGCCAAGUUGACUGAUCAGCUGCCUUUAAUCAUCGUGUGUGACCGCUUUGAUUUUGUCCACGAUCUGGUCCUAUACCUGUACCGCAACAGCCUGCAGAAAUACAUUGAAAUCUAUGUGCAAAAGGUAAAUCCAAGCAGGCUGCCCGUAGUCAUUGGAGGUCUGCUGGAUGUAGAUUGCGCAGAAGAUGUUAUAAAAAACCUAAUCCUGGUGGUGAGAGGGCAGUUCUCCACAGAUGAACUGGUCGCAGAGGUGGAGAAAAGAAAUCGAUUAAAGCUGCUUCUUCCUUGGCUGGAGGCCCGCAUACAUGAAGGUUGCGAGGAGCCUGCUACCCACAAUGCAUUAGCCAAGAUUUACAUCGACAGCAAUAACAACCCGGAGCGCUUCCUUCGAGAGAAUCCAUUCUACGACAGCCGCGUCGUAGGCAAAUACUGCGAAAAGCGGGACCCCCACCUGGCCUGUGUGGCCUAUGAGCGGGGGCAGUGUGAUCAGGAGCUCAUUAAUGUUUGCAACGAGAAUUCACUGUUCAAGAGUUUAUCUCGAUACCUGGUGCGUCGCAAGAACCCAGAGUUGUGGGCCAGUGUCCUUCUGGAGACCAACAACUACAGAAGACCACUCAUCGAUCAGGUCGUGCAGACAGCGCUGUCAGAAACCCAGGAUCCAGAAGAAGUGUCCGUCACAGUCAAAGCUUUCAUGACCGCUGACCUCCCCAAUGAGCUUAUUGAACUUUUGGAGAAGAUUGUCCUGGAUAAUUCUGUCUUUAGUGAACACAGAAACCUGCAGAAUCUGCUCAUCCUGACCGCCAUCAAGGCUGACAGGACACGUGUCAUGGAGUACAUUAACCGCCUUGACAACUAUGACGCCCCAGACAUUGCAAACAUCGCCAUCAGCAAUGAGCUGUUUGAGGAGGCAUUUGCUAUUUUUAGAAAAUUUGACGUCAACACCUCUGCAGUGCAGGUUUUGAUUGAGCACAUUGGUAAUCUGGACAGAGCGUAUGAAUUUGCAGAGCGCUGCAAUGAGCCUCCAGUGUGGAGUCAGCUGGCAAAGGCCCAGCUCCAGAAGGGCCUGGUCAAAGAAGCCAUUGACUCUUACAUAAAGGCUGAUGACCCCUCUGCAUACAUCGAAGUGGGACAGGCGGCAGCUCAGAGCGGAAACUGGGAGGAUUUGGUGAAGUUUCUGCAGAUGGCUCGGAAAAAGGCUCGUGAAUCGUACGUUGAAACUGAGCUGAUAUUUGCCCUGGCGAAGACCAACCGCCUGGCAGAGCUGGAGGAGUUCAUCAAUGGUCCCAACAAUGCACACAUCCAACAAGUUGGUGACCGCUGUUAUGACGACAAAAUGUACGACGCUGCAAAGUUGCUAUACAACAACGUGUCCAAUUUUGGGCGUCUGGCUUCCACUCUGGUGCACCUGGGGGAGUACCAAGCCGCCGUGGAUGGAGCUCGAAAAGCCAACAGCACACGCACAUGGAAGGAGGUCUGCUUUGCCUGCGUGGACGGUAAAGAGUUCCGCCUGGCUCAAAUGUGUGGCCUGCAUAUAGUGGUACACGCAGAUGAACUAGAGGAACUGAUCAAUUACUAUCAGGACCGUGGAUAUUUCGAGGAGCUAAUCACCAUGCUGGAGGCUGCACUGGGACUGGAGCGCGCACACAUGGGGAUGUUUACAGAGCUGGCCAUACUUUAUUCCAAAUUCAAACCACAGAAAAUGAGGGAGCAUCUAGAGCUCUUCUGGUCCCGCGUUAACAUUCCAAAGGUUCUCAGGGCAGCGGAGCAGGCUCAUCUAUGGGGCGAGCUGGUCUUCCUCUACGACAAGUACGAAGAGUAUGACAACGCCAUCAUCACCAUGAUGAGUCACCCGGCUGAUGCCUGGAAGGAGGGUCAGUUCAAGGACAUCGUGACCAAGGUGGCCAAUGUGGAGCUGUACUACAAAGCCGUUCACUUCUACUUGGACUUCAAACCGUUAUUACUGAACGACCUCCUGAUCGUUCUGUCUCCGCGGCUGGACCACACGCGCGCCGUCAACUUUUUCAGCAAGGUGAAACAGCUGCCUUUAGUUAAGCCAUACCUGCGGUCAGUCCAGAACCAUAACAACAAGGCCGUCAACGAAGCGCUCAACAAUCUCUUCAUCAAUGAGGAAGAUUUUGCGGCAUUGCGCACCUCCAUCGACGCCUAUGACAACUUUGACAACAUCUCGCUGGCUCAGGGUCUGGAGAAGCACGAACUGAUCGAGUUCAGGAGGAUCGCGGCGUAUCUUUUCAAAGGCAACAAUCGCUGGAAACAGAGUGUAGAACUGUGCAAGAAGGACAAGCUUUACAAGGAUGCGAUGCAGUAUGCAUCUGAGUCCAAAGACAUUGAGCUGGCGGAGGAGCUGUUGGCCUGGUUCCUGAAUGAAGAUAAGAAGGAGUGUUUUGCUGCAUGUCUCUUCACCUGUUAUGACCUCUUGCGGCCUGAUGUGGUGCUGGAGACCGCCUGGCGGCACAACAUCAUGGACUUCUCCAUGCCCUACUUCAUCCAGGUCAUGAGGGAGUACCUCAGCAAGGUUGAUGCGAUAAAGGAAAAGGUGGACAAGCUCGAAGCCUCUGAAUCCUUAAGGAAACAAGAGGAACAGGCCACCGAGUCACAACCAAUUGUUUACGGCACUCCUCAGCUGAUGCUCACGGCAGGACCCAACGUGGCAGUACCCCCUCAGCAGGCCUAUGGGUACGGAUACCCGGCAGCACCAGGGUACACUCAGCCCCCUCAGCCCGGCUUUGGUUACGGCAUGUGA